GGCAAACUGAGGUUAAGUUACAUCUGAAUGUGAAGUGACAUUGGACUGAGGCAGCUUCCAUCCCAAGGCAGCUACAGACAUACAAUUCAGAGAAGCUUUGUGCAAAAAAGAUUCAAGAUGCUCCUGAUCAUCCUGAUUCAUCUCCUGAUCGUCGCAUCAGCAAAUGUCCAGGCAACCACCACUGUAGCAGCUACAACUGCAGCACCCACCACUGUAGCACCUACAACUGCAGCACCCACCACUGUAGCACCUACAACUGCAGCACCCACCACUGUAGCACCUACAACUGCAGCACCCACCACUGUAGCAGCUACAACUGCAGCACCCACCACUGUAGCACCUACAACUGCAGCACCCACCACUGUAGCACCUACAACUGCAGCACCCACCACUUUAGCACCUACAACUGCAGCACCCACCACUGUAGCACCUACAACUGCAGCACCCACCACUGUAGCACCUACAACUGCAGCACCCACAACUGUAGCACCUACAACUGCAGCACCCACCACUGUAGCACCUACAACUGGAGCACCCACCACUGUAGCACCUACAACUGCAGCACCCACCACUGUAUCACCUACAACUGCAGCACCCACCACGAUAGCAGUUACAACUGCAGCACCCACCACGCCGGCUCCUGUUGUCACCACCACCACUAACACUGCUGCACAUGCUGGGAUCGUAUCCGUGAGCAGUCUGGUGUUCUGUCACUUCAGUGUUGUUCUCUUCAUGUCCCUCUGUACAGUGUGACUUGGUUGUACUGUUUAUUUUUAAACACAUUUAUCAGUACCCACAAAGUAUUAUUAUUUAUAUUUAGAUACACACUGGUGUUGAUAAGAUUAACAAUCCAUAUGAUACACAGUGUUAAAAAUACGUUUGUGCUUAUUUAUUGUAACUGUCAGAGUAAAGUUACUGAUAACUUAUAAAUUCAUGACUGAUGAAUGACUGUUGAAAUGAUUUUAACCCAGCUAGACUGGUAUCAGUGUUUUCUAUUGUUGGAGCAGUGCUUCAUUAAACUUUUCAACUGUUGUUGUCGAUGGAACUGUUUUCUUUAAAGUGUAUUAUAAUUCAUGUGAAGUAACAAAUCUACGUCGAAGCCAGAAUGUGGACGGAUUAUUUAUUUGGGUCAUUGAUUUGUUAUUUCACAGCAGAUAAAUAAAAUGACACAGCAACAAACCUUAAAAAA